UGUGGGACAUGGCUACACUGAAAAUUACAUAUAGUACUAUACAUGUAUUUUCUAGGUUUUAAAAAAUACACUAAAUGUGAAACAGUAAUACUAAAAAUUAACGUUGUUAUCUGACAUUUAAGUCUAACUGUGCCUCUUGUAUUAUUUAUUAGCGAAAUCUAGCAAUCCUAUUCUGGCACAUACUCUACUAAAACAGACGUGUAUUUUAAAAAUAUGUUAUGGUGGGGUGCCUGAGUGGCUCAGUGGGUUAAAGCCUCGGCCUUCCUCUCAGGUCAUGAUCCCAGGACCCUGGGAUCCAGCCCCGCAUAGGGGCUCUCUGCUUAGCAGGAAGCCCGCUUCCUCCUCCUCUGUCUCUGCCUGCCUUUGCCUACUUGUGAUCUCUGUCAAAUAAAUAACAAGAUCUUUAAAAAUAAAUAAAUUUAAAAAAUAAAACUAUGUUAGCAGGCUCAAUGUGAGACGCUCCUACAGUGAAGCGAACAAACGAAACGCCACGUUGUUUAAUUGGCAUUUCUGGCUUGCGGGCGGGCUUGGACACCGCAAAGAGAGAGUCUGACCGCGGCCCUCACGCAGCCCCGCCCAUCCUCCUACCCAACCCUCCCCCGCAACUUCACCGCAUCGCGGCUUGCCCCGUUGCCAUGGCGACCGAACCCGUCCAGGGUAACUCUGGGGCGCUGCGGGGGUGAAGAACUCCGAGCGGCUUCCGAUUGGCCAGCGCAGCCUCGCGCGUUACCACCCUGUCCUCCGCCAGGGAGUCCCGCGGCGCGCGAUGCUCGGGAACGACUCUGCGCGCCUCUCCGGGCCAAUGGCGGCCGCCCGCGGCGCGCGUGGUUCUGGGAGUUGUAGUCCGCGAGUAGGCAGCUGGGCUGGCUCUCAAGCCGAAGCGCCGCCAUGACGGAGCGGCCCUGGCCGGAGCGGAGCCCGCGCGCGGUGAGUCCGCCGCGGCCCGUCCGGCCGCCCCGCCGCCUGUCCCUCGUCGACCCCUCUCGGCCCAGCCCAAGCUCCCCCUCCCCCCACCAGCCAGCAGCCCAGAACCUGACACAAUGUCCGCGUCAGAUCUCGGUGCCCAUAGCAGACUUCAUCCCGGGACCCUGGAGGGUACUGAGGAGCUGCGAUUCUCCACCCUGGAAUCUGCCUGGGGCGCACUUCCUGGAUUGCCAGAGAGAAGGGGGUGACGGAGCUUGUAAACGCCCAGUUGGGCUGCCGGUGGAAGAAGCGGCCGGAAGAUCGCUGGCAGGGCACGGCCCUCGCCCCUGACUGCUGACUGCAUCCAUCUGCUGCCACCUGGGUUUGUCUGGAGCUGCUGGGACAGUCCUGGGAUCCAGCCUGCUUGCCCUCUGAGGCUGGAGAGAUGCUUCCGUUGCCCAAAGCCCUCGCCUCCCCCAAGAAUACCCAGAUCCCGGCCCCGGGGCAGCAGGAUGGGGCUCCUGAACCACCCAUCCCUGGGGAUACUGAGGCCUGCCGCCUGCGUUUCCGACAGUUCCAGUACCGUGUGGCAGGCGGGCCACACCAUGCACUGGGCCAUCUCUGGAUGCUGUUGCGCCAGUGGCUGCGGCCCGAGGCACACUCGAAGGAGCAGAUCAUGGAGCUGCUGGUGCUGGAGCAGUUCCUGGGAGCGCUGCCCAGCAAGAUGAGGACCUGGGUGCAGUCGCAGGGCCCCCGCACCUGCAAGGAGGCCGCUACCCUGGUGGAGGACCUCAUAGAGAUGUCGCAGCAGGAAGUUCUGGUAUCUCUCACCGAACACCAGGACAAGAGCAACAGGGAGGAGGAAGAUGGGAUGAGCCCGAAGUCCUGGAAAGACCCAUCCCAGGCAUCGGAGCUGGGGCUCCCCCAGGAGGGCGAGUGGCUGCAGCCUUCCCAGCCCCAGUGGAGUCCCCACGCCAGGGCGGGGGCCGAGGCAUCCUGCACCCUGGGCUCACUCGGGCUUCAGCCUCCUAGCAUGCAGACAGACAGACCGAAGAUGCUGCAGCAGGAGGUCCCCUCAGCGGCCCACCCAGGCCCAGGCUGCUCGCCUCUGAAGCCUAGUAUCUGGGAUGAACCUCCCUGUGGGCCAGCGGGGGAUGGAGCCCUGAGGAACAGACACUCCCUCCCCAGGCAGGCCCAGGACGCUGCCCAGGCAGAAGGGAGUGCCUGGAAGGCAGAGGCUGCCCCCAGGGACACUGUGCUUCAGGGCACUGGAGGCCAAGGGCAUGCUCCCGAGGGCCCCCUACAGCGGAGCCCUCAGCCUGGCCGGGUUGCAGAAUCCACCCUCCCCAGUGCUCAGAGUGGCAGUCCCCAAAAGGGUCUUGGGGACAGCGAUGCCAGCAGUACCCACCUGCCCUUACUCAAAGACCCCAAAGCCUCCACUGAAGAGGCGGGGCAACCGAUGGCUGCUGCCCCCUCCUCGGAGAGCUCAGCAGUGCCCCAAGUUCCCCCAGGGGCGCGGCCCUUCACGUGUGCCGAGUGCGGGGAGGUUUUCAUCUGGGUCACCCACUUCAUUGAGCACCAGAAAUGCCACCUGGAUGAAGGGCCCUUCUCGUGCCCCGACUGCGGCAAGGCCUUUCUGCACGCCUCGGUGCUGGAGGAGCAUCGGAAGAUCCAUCUGCUGCAGCCGCCGCGCAAGAGGCCCCGGCGGGUCAGGGGCGAGGGGCCCGGGGAGGCCCGCCGGUUGGAGGCGGCAGGCCGAGGGCCCCGCGCCCGAAACGCGAAUGGAGGCCGGCGCCGGGAGUCCUCCAGCCGCGAGCGGCCCUUCGAGUGCGGCGUCUGCGGGAAGGCCUUUCCCUGGAUGGUCCACCUCCUCGACCACCAGAAACUGCACGCCACGCAGUGAGCGGACGCGUGGCCCCGGGUGACGGCGACCCCCCGCGGACUCGUCCUGCCGGCGACCUGGGACCCGCCACCCCCGCCGCGUCCCCUCCCCCCGCCCAGAGACGCCACCCUCCGCGGGCUCGUCCUGCGGGGCGACUCGAGAUCCGCUGUCCCCUCCACCGAGUCCCCCGGGUGACAGUCCACCUCGGCAGACUCGUCCUGCAGGGGAUGCGGCAGCUGCCACCCCCGCCGCCGCGUCCCCCCGGCAAUAGCGACCCCCGGCAGACUCGUCCUGCGGGGCGACCCGGGACCUGCCACGUCUCCCGGGCGUCGCCGCGCCUGGCCCUUACCCCGGGUGACAGCGACCCUCGGCAGACUCGUCUUGCGGGGCGGUCCGGGACCCGCCGUCCCCACCGCCACGACUCCUGGGUGUUGCCCCGCCUGCCGCUUACCCUGGGUGACACCGACCCACGGCAGACUCCCACUGCGGGGCUGCCGGGGGCCCGCCGCGUUUCCCUCGUGUCUCCGCGCUGCCGCGUCCCCCGACUGACAG